AUGAAUAAUUCCAGAAAAAAUAAUCGACCCUCACAUUAUCAAAAGGUUGACGAGAAUAUUAGACAGCAAAUUAUAGAUUAAGCAUGCAACAUGGGGUAGCCAUUAAGAUAAAUAGCUCAAAACCAUGGAAUUAAAUAUUCAACUGCAAAAGCUAUUGUCUAGGUGUACCAAAACGAAGGAAGAAUAGGAAAAAAACGAACAAGAGAUAAACGAAUUUUUUAAGAGAUUGAAACCUUCAUGAUAGUUGUUCACAAGUAAUCAGGCAAAAUAGAAAAGCUCAAACACAAAUCUGAAUGCAGUGAUCUAAAAACCAAUUUUCAGACUGCUAAAAUAAAUCUUGAAGAAGCCCACUAUUCUUAGCUAGCUCAAUAUUUUGGAAAGUAUACUCUGUAUUAAGAAGAUGAGGCAUAAAGUUCAUAAAAUGAAACCUUACUGAACAUUGUUAAAACUUUAAAUGAGUAAUACUAAUAAUUUUAGAAUGAUCCUUCACAAUGA